GAUAUUUAUUAAAAUAAGAUUAAUCAUAUCAGUGUCUCACUUAAUCACUUCUUAGUCUAUAUGCCUUAGUCGUUAUGUCGGCAAUAUAUUAAUCCAUAGUCUGAAAAUGAUAAAAGAUUUUGAUAUUAUUAAGCUUUUUUAUGCGAAUGAUACGAUAGAUCACAGAAGGGUCCCCUUCAUCUCCCUUCAUCGUCAUCGUUCCUGCUUUUCCUUUCUUCCAUUUCUUUAUCUUCUGUGAAAGUUAAUUGUUCUGUCACUCUCUGAAAGAUUCUGGAUAUUCUUGUUGCUGUUUGGCUACAUUUGUUGACGAAUGGGGGGUAACUUUGGAGACAGAGAAGCUUUCAUGGGAUCGGCAACCGGAUCCGUGAUGGGGGAGGUGUUGAAAAGGUUCUGAUUUUUGUAGUCGAAGAUGAUCACUUCGGGGAACGGAGAAGCAGGGGUACCAUCUCUGGAAUGGAAAUUCUCUCAGGUUUUCGGAGAAAGGGCGGCUGGGGAGGAAGUUCAGGAAGCUGACAUUAUAUCUGCUAUUGAAUUUGACAAAACUGGUGAACAUCUUGCUACUGGUGACCGCGGAGGAAGGGUCGUCCUAUUUGAAAGGAUAGAUGGAAAAGGCUGCACUUUGCGGAAGGAUCAGGAGGAAAUGGAUUAUCCUGUUGCGAGGCAUCCUGAAUUUCGCUACAAGACAGAAUUCCAGAGUCAUGAACCAGAGUUUGACUACCUAAAGAGCUUGGAAAUAGAAGAAAAAAUUAAUAAAGUGCGGUGGUGUCAGACAGCCAAUGGUGCACUUUUCAUUCUUUCGGCAAAUGAUAAAACCGUGAAGUAUUGGAAGGUUCAGGAGAAGAAAAUAAAGAAGAUAUGUGACAUGAAUUUAGAUUCUUCAGCAUCCGCAAGAAAUGGAAAACUUUCUGGUCCAACUGGAGCAGCACCUGACUUUGUAUUCCCCCCUGGAGGGUUCCCGUCUCUUCAUCUGCCAGUGAUUGUUGGCCGUGAGACACACCUUGUUCCCAGAUGUCGAAGAGUAUAUGCUCAUGCACAUGACUACCAUAUUAAUUCGAUUUCAAACAACAGGCACUUGGAUGCCUAGGUGACACCUUGACAAAUAUGAGGGAACUGCAGUGAGUUGAUUUCUUUGCUGAACACAUCAGGUAAUUGAUUCUCUGUCUUCACAAAGGGAGUGCAAAUGUAACCAAAAUCAAUUUUUUCCUUGAUGCAAUGCCGAUCACCAUCAACGUGUUUUGUAUGAUCAUGUUGCAUAAGAUAAUGAGCUAUGCUAAUGGUAGACUUCUUGUUAUAGUACAACAGCAUGGAGCCCUCGGUCUCAAGCACAAUUCCUUAACUAGUUUCUUUAAUCAUAGGAGUUCACAAGCUCCAUUUGCCAUGGCUUUGAACUCCACUUCUGCACUUGAUCCAGCCACCAUAUAUUGCUUUUUUAUUUCUCCAGAUAGUUAGGCUCUCACCGACAAAGGUGCAAUAUCCUUAUGUAGACUUUCUAUCAGCAACAAAGCCUACCCAGUUACCAUCAGUGCACCCAUUGAUUUUUAAAUGGUCAUGUCUAGUGAAUAAUAUUGUCAUUUUCUUGGACUAGACUUCAAGUAUCUGAGAAUACGAUGCACACCAUCUUCUCUGUAUGGCAACAUUAAAAAAAAAAAAAAAAAAAAAA